AAAAGUUUAUUCGAUAGACUCGACGACAUCUUCCAAUUUCACAACGACGUUUUCAGACUCGAGGGUGAGAGAUCAUCUUGUUUUCCGAAACAUCCUUCCUAUUCUACCGUUUUCCACCUUUUUUUUUUUUUUUUUUUCCUUUUUACCCAAUUAAAUCACCGAAUACAAAGCACCAACGAGGGACUUGAUAAACACCACCACCACCACCAAACCCAGCAUGUCCCUCUACCACGAGACAGCCGCCAUCCUGACGGCCGCUGGUCCCAACGCCACCCACGGCGGCAGUCUCAAGUCUCGCAUUUUCAAAGACAAAUCCCUCAAGUCGCCUCCCGCCCAAGUCUACGCACUAGCCCUUGAAACCAGCAAAUGGUCCGCCAUCCUCAAAGAAGUCGUCGAGGCCUCGGACCUGCUCAAGCACGAGCGAAAACUCACGCCCGCUCUCUCCCUCUUGCUCGUGCACGAUUUGCUGCUUUCCAAAUCGGGUAUCGCCCUGCCCGCCACCCACGGCUUGCGGGUCUCCAUUGAACGACACAAGGCCCGUUUGAACUCGGAGUUUGUCCGCGCGCGCAUACGGCGCAAAUGUGCUACACUGGAUGCGCUGCGGACGCAGGUAGAGAUUGGCGCUAGGGGAGGAUGUCCCGUGCAUCCGCGGUGGAUCAGGGUGAACACGCUGAAAUCGACGGUGGAAGAACAGUUGGCUACGACGUUCAAGGGGUGGGAGGUGGUGGAGAGCGUGGCCGAGGUGAUCCAGGCGGCCGAUGCUUUCGAUGGGCAGGGAAAGAAGGGAAAAAAGGUGAUUCACAUUGAUGGACACAUUCCCAAUCUCAUUGCCGCCUGUCCCGGGGUAGCGGAUUUCACAAAGACGGAGGCGUACAAGUCCGGCAAGAUUAUCUUGCAGGAUAAAGCUUCGUGUUUCCCCGCUUAUCUGCUGGAUCCUAGACCGGAGAGAGAUGGAGAUGUCAUGGAUACGUGCGCGGCGCCGGGGAACAAGACGACGCAUUUGGCAGCGAUUGUGCAUUCACGGGUGGAGGACAAUAAGGCGAUUGUCUUUGAUGGUAAAACUGGCAAGAAAGGAAACAAGAAGAAGAGGGGAGAAGAAGAGCAAAAGGGGACGACGACGACGACCAUAUUCGCAUUCGAAAAAGACCCUCACCGCGCCAAAACCUUACAGAAGAUGGUCAAAACCGCCGGAUCCGACACCUUCACUGUCGUCAACGCCGGUAAAGACUUUCUCAAGGUCAACCCUUUGGAUGCCAAGUACCGAAACGUCGGGGCUUUACUUCUUGAUCCUUCCUGCUCUGGUUCGGGAAUUGUGGGGAGGGAUGAUGCUCCCACUCUCCACCUUCCCUCUGCUCCUUCCUCCUCUUCCUCUUCCUCUUCCUCUUCCUCUUCCUCCUCCUCCACCAACACCAACACCAAAGCCAAUCCCAAAGGCAAACAAAAUAACAACAAGCGCAAGUCUCCGCCAACUACCACAGGUACAACAGAGACCCAAGAACCCCCAGCCAAGGUCCUGAUCGACGACGACGGCGUCGCCAUCCCCGUCUCCUCCCAGGCCGACCUCGAAGCGCGCAUCGCCUCGCUCGCCUCGUUUCAGCUGACCCUGCUGCAACACGCCAUGUCGUUUCCUGCUGCCAGACGCAUCACGUACAGCACUUGCUCGAUCCACGCGGGGGAGAACGAGCACGUGGUUUUGCGGGCUUUGGCUUCGGAUGUUGCGAAAAGGAGAGGGUGGAGGGUGUUGAAACGCCAAGAGCAGGUGGAGGGGAUGAGGAGGUGGGAUGUUCGGGGAGAAGCCGAGGCGAUGACCUUGGAGGAGGGAAUCACAACAGAAGGGGUAAUGGAAGAAAAAGAAAAAGAAAAGGAGGAGGUCAGGGAUGCGGUUAUCAGGGCUUAUUAUCGGGAUGAUGGUAGGGGCGUCAUGGGGUUCUUUGUGGCGGGGUUUGUGAGGGACGGGACUAUUGAUGAUCCGGUCUAUCUUCUAGAUGGUGUGGAGCAGCAGCAGCAGCAGCAAGAGGGCGAAGAGGAGGAAGAAGAACAAGAAGACCCCGAAGGACCGUUUGUGAGGGAUGAGCAAGGACGGAUUGUCAGAGACGAAAAUGGGAUUCCUACGUUGAAGAGCACGGGGAAGAAGGCGGUGGAUUUGAAAGAGUUGGAGGGCGAUGAAGAGAGUUCGGUGGAGUAUCGUAUUGAGGGGCAAGAAGAGGAAGAUGAAGAGGAGCCGUACCAGAGGGAUGGGAAGGGGAAUCUUGUGAGGGAUGACGAGGGGUUGCCGGUUUUGAAGGAGGGGAGGAGAUGGAAGGUUGUCAAGGGGGGGAAGGGGCAGAAAGCAGAGGGGGUGAGUGAUGAGAGCGAGGAGGAGGAGGAGGGUAGUGAGGAUGGUGAUGAAUGGGGUGGUUUUGAUGAUUAGGUUAUAUUGGAGGGCAGAGUUGACAGGAAACUUGGGCGUUGUUGACGGCCAAAAGAAUCAAAGCUGUAUGGGGAAGCAUAAAUGGGUAACAACAUCAGUACACAGGAGUCACAUCAGUGAUAGCUCUCCCCAGCGCUUCACACAAGUCAAGUUCGAGCUCGUAUCUGGCUGACUUGUGAGGUCCGUUGUCGAAUUUGACGUGUUAUCAC